AUGCUGUAUAGGAUUAUUGAAAAGGUCUAUAAACAAAUUCCAUUGAAGUAUCAACAGAGACUAAAAGAUAUAGAAUUUGAAAACUUAUAGAGCAUGAGAGUAUCAAAUAAUCAUAUAAUAGAUUGAAUUUACUAAUGGUCUAGUGCAAAAAACAUAUAAUUACGAGAUUUUGUCAAACAAAAUACAAUUAAUCCAAGUAUGAUUAGUUUUAUCUAGGCAUCUACAGUAAUCAAAGAAUUAGUUAGAAUUUUGCUCAAAAUGGAAACUCUCCCUAUUUUUCCUUUAAUUUAUUUUCUUACUUUACAAGAAUUAUUCUGGUCUGAAUUCUUUAUUAUAUUAUACACGAUGAUGUGUUUAAUUAUCGAUAUGGCUUUCUCAUACUUAAUACUAUUUUGCAAUCUAAAAUAAAGAUGGAAAUUUGAAGAGAAUAUCAAUAAACAGUAAUGUCGAGUCUUAGCAGAUAUAGAUUAAUUGUUGUAAACUUAAAAUAAAACUCCUUCAAAGAAAAUCGAAUGGUAGUAAUUAAAAUUAGGUCAAAUCGUUUGUCUAUAGAAGGGAGAAAAGAGUCCAGCAGAUAUCUUAAUUUUAGAAUCAAGUUAGGAAUAAGUGUUAGUUGAUUUUAAAUAUAAAUAUCCUUGCCCUUGCACUUUUGUUAACUAGGCUUCUAAAACCAAAGGAAUCAUGACUAAAUUCUUAAUUAAUUUGAGUGGAUGGAUCUAGUUUUAAAGCUCUAAAUAAGGAACUAUUAAAUUGAAAAACGAUCCAAAGACCACCUAAUUUACAGAUGCAAAUAUUAUUAAUAGAGGCCAAAUAUUGAAUCAAACAGAUUGGAUUUUUGGGAUAGCAAUAUAGGUUGGGCAUGGAUGUUUUUAAUAAAGAGAUCGAUAUUAUAAUUGGAACCACUAUAAUUAGAAUAGUUUUUAUAUAUUUUUGAUAGAUGUUGUAAUUUUCUUUGUCCUUUUAAUUCCAAAGUUAAUUAGUUAACAAUAGUAUGAAUUUCCAACUUAUCAAAAUUCUAUUAUAAUGUGUCUUUUGCUUUUACCUUAAAAUUACUUUAUCAUUAAUUAAAUUUGGUUACUCAUUCACUAAUUCAAUCUAAACAAAUUAGAGAUUAGAUAACCUUCUGACAGAACUUUCAAUUUAAUUUAAUAAUAGUAAUAGUAAUUUUAAGAGUAACCUGAUCCAAUUCUGUAAGAAUAUGAUAAGAAAGUGCUCAUUUAAGUGUAAAAAGUAGGAUCGACAAAUAAUUCAAUAUUGAAUCUUGGUCUAAAAAAGAAAAAUCCUACUUAAUGCAAUAUCUAUCAAUAUAAUCAAUUAUCUAAUUAAAAUAUUUUAGAAUUGAUGAAAACUGAUGUUUUAGUUUUUGAAAAUCCUUAAAAAAUAUUAAAAGAUAAUGUUAGAGUUUGCUUAAUCAUACAUGACAAAUGUAGAUAUUACUUUAAUUACGAAAAAUUAUAAUCCAUUAUUGAAAAAACUACUCCAACUCAAAAAAUUAAUUAUGAAAAAUUACUAUUAGACACAAAUAGGUUUUAAGCUUAUGAUGAAUAAAAAACAUAAGAUAUUGAUCUAUUGCUUGCUGAGAAAUAAUAGCCUACCUUAAGGAUUGUUGAAGAAAAGAAAAUAUUCCAAAAAAUAGGGUUUUUAAAAGAAUAAACAAAGGUAAGCUAAUUUCAAAAAGAUAUGAGAGAUUCUAAAGACCUAAAAAAAUAAACUGGGGACCCUUAAAAACUAAAUCCAUAUAGUUCUUUUAGAAAGUAAACUGCAAGGAACUUAUUUUAAUCUAAUACUUAAGUCUAACAAUAAAAAGAGCCUAAUUAACAGUCAAUAUUAUUACAAUAAUAAUAAUCUAAUAUUAUAAUUUCAUAUAAGAAUUCACCUAAAUUGUAAAGAUAAAGAAGUAGUAAUCAUCUCUCCUAAAGUCAAUUGAAUCCAAAUGUCAGAUCUUAGGGAGGAUCAUUAAAAAACAUUACUCCCACUUAAUAAGAUUUGAGCAAUGAUUAGAUCAUAGGAGAUGUGUUUAAUGAAUAAGAUUUUAUUAAUAAGUUGUUGAAUAAAUCUGAUGUAAUAUCAAAUGAAAUUUUAAUUGUUUUACUGCUUUGUAAUAACAUUGAGAGUGUUUAUGAUAAGAAAGAAAAGAAGAUUUAAAAUAUAUAUUACAACUCAUUUGAUGAAUCAAUUUUAGAAUUUGUUAAGAUAUUUGAUUAUAAAUUUAUUUCAAGUGCUACAAUCGAUAAUUUCAAAGUCGAAUAUAAAUAAGAUCAAAUCGUAAAGAAAGCUGUCUCUAUAUAAGGAGUUGUUAAGAUUUUUGAUAUUAUAGCUUUAUUGUAGCCAACUGAAAAUCGAUAAAAUACUCUCUCUAUACUUGUUAAAGAUCCUGAAUCGUUUGAAUUGGAAGAAGGAGCUUUAUUAUACACGAGACAAGAAAUAUGUGACAAGAAUUAUAAUGAUCAAAGAUUCCCUCAAAUAAAUGAGACUAUAGAGGAAAUGUUUUGGGAUGGUUAAAAGUCGAUUAAAUAUUUAAAAAAAUAAUUGGAUUUCUAGUAAACAUAAUAGUUUUUAAAUAAAUUAAAUUCCAUCAAUGAGACAUAUGGUAAUAGGGAACAGGAGCUAGACAAUCUUUACAAAUAGAUUGAACAAGAUAGUUAGUUUUUCUUUAUUUUGGGAUUGAAGUAAUUUAUAAGAAUGAAAAGCUAAUUAGUAUCUUAAGAGAUCUGUAGUAAUAAUCUCAAUCAAGAAAUCAUGUUCUAAACACUUUUAAAAUACAAUUUUAAGACUUGCUUUGUGAUGGAUACAUAUGAAGAUUUAAUAUCAUUUUUAAGAACCUACCACAUUACUGAAAAGAAUUCUAUUGAUCUAUUUCUAGAAGUCAAUUCAAUUCAUUAUAAGUUUAGAUAAUCUAUUCAAAAUUUAAUAGAAAAAUAAAAUAUUUUUGAGGUUUACUCAUAAAAAUUGAUUGAAAACUUUAUUGUAAUUAAUGCUGAAACUCUAGAAGCAAUAGUAAAAGAUGAUUAUCUAAAAUAUCAUUUCGUUGUGCUGUUUUAUUUUUCAUAGGGAGUUGGAGCCUAUUAAUUAGAUGAAAAAUAAAAAGGGAAACUUUUAAAAUUGAUUACAAUUACUGAAAGAUAUAUAGCAUCUAUUGGUUCUGGAUUAGACAAUUAAUAUUUCUUUUACAAAUCUAAUUAUUCUUUUAAUUUAUACGAUAAAGAUCCACAAUGUGCACUUUCUAACCCAAACUUUUUAAUUUCUAAGACUGAUUAAAUGCUGAAAUUGUUAUUUUAUUAUUGCCCAGCUACUUACUUAAAUUAUGAAUCUGUAAUUUUAAUCUAGAUUUAUCGAUGCUUUUUAUUUGGUUUUUUAUCGUAUAUGAUUGAUUAUUAAAAUCAAUUUUAUGCUUUAGAAGAAUUAAUUUUCUUUGUAUUAGUUCCAAGCAAUGUUGUUACGUGUAUUCUUAAUUAUGAAAACUUUAUGCAUUAAAAAUCAUUUGACAAAAAUUAAUUUGAAAUAUAUCGAAAGAGACUAGAGUUGAUAAAAUAAAGUAAUAUUUAUGUCAAAAUUAUCAAAAUAAUUUUUAUAGCUUUGCUGGAUUCAAUUUUAAUUGAAAUUUGUUUUAAUAUCUUUGAUAUAUUCUAAAGUUAGGAGCUCACAAAUUAUUCUGUUUUUAUAUUCAUUAUUUUUGAAUUAGUGGAAAAGUCAAAAUACAUUAUGACCCAGUUCAACUCAUAUUAUGAUUUAGGCAGGAUGCUAAAACUAAUAUUCUCAUACAUAAUAUUAUUAUCUUUGUUAGUAUUAAUAUAUAGUCUUGUGAUCACAGAUAUUAUAUAUUAAUUAUCAAGCUUAAAUUUUAUAUUUUGGAUUUUUGGACUCAUAUUUGCUUUAUCAAUCUCAUUUGUCUUAUAAGAAGUGUUAAUACUUACCGAAUUCUGCUUCCCAUGUCCAAAUGAUAUUCAAUUUCACAUAGAAAAUCAUAUUUAGAUAGAAAAGCUAAGCUAAUCUUUGAAAUAUUUAACCCAAUAAUAAUCAAAUGAGCCAAAAUUGUUUAUAGAGAAAUUAUUUGAAGGAAAAGAUUUUAUGGAUGAACAACUUCUUAAAAAGAUUAAGGGAGAUUAAUAAAUGACUGAUUAAAUGGAAAAAGACUUAAAAUUUACAGACAAGAGAACAGAAAAGGAUUUUCUUAAUUGGCUCAAACCUUAAAAUAAAUAUAUUUAUUACAUUUAUGAAUUAACUAUAUUUGGAAUAAGAAUCUAUUAAUAAAUCACUACUCUUUAAAUAGCUUAUUUAGUGAUCUCUAUUAUCUAGUUUGUAGUGAUGAGUUUGCUUCCAAUAAUACAAAUAUCUAAAUUUAAACCCUUAGUUUUGAUUGGUUUAAGAUUUGCAUUUUUUAUAGUGUUACAUAUCUUAUUAGAUACAUAGAUAAAUGAAACUUUAAUGUUUCUGAUAGCCAUUUCCUUGACUCAUCAUCCAUUAUUAGGGAUAUAUGGAUAUUAUUGUGUUUGUUUUAUUACAACUAUUUUAGAUUUGCUGAUGGUAGGAAUCUUUACUUAUACUGAUCCAUAUCUCAUUCUAAAUCAUGGUUUAAUUUUAAUUGAAAUUUGUCUUCCACUUAUGUUUUAAGUUUAUAAAACAGAAUUCUUAUAAAGAUAUUAAUAUGUCCUUUAAAACAAAUUGUUGGAUGAGUAUAAAAAGCUGAACGAUGCUUUAGGUUUGCUGAUGCCACGUUUCAUUAAAGAAAGAAUGUCAAAAGGAUAGAUAUAAAUAUCAGAAGAUCAAGGAGAUGUUGCUAUAUUGUUUUGUGAUAUUUAUGAUUUUGAUGACAUAAUUAGAAAUGAAUAAAUCAAAGUUGUUGAAUUUUUAGACAAUUUAUAUCGUCAAUUUGAUUAAUUCUGUUAAGCAAAUGAAUUACAAAAGAUUGAAACCGUUGGUAAAACUUAUAUGGCAGCUGGUGGACUAAAAGACUAUAACAUUUCUGAUAAUUUAAAUCCUACAGAAAGAAUUUUAGAUACAGCUCUUUAAAUGCAGGAAAGUGUUAAAACUAUGAAAUAUGGAGACAACAAAGCUGUCAUUCUCAAGAUUGGUAUUCAUUAUGGAAGAGUCAUAGCGGGUGUUAUUGGGGCUCACAAACCGUAGUUUUCAUUGAUAGGGGAUACUGUCAAUACAACGAGUAGAGUUUGCUCAACAUCAGAACCGGGAAUUGUAACUCUUAGCUAAUAAGCUUAUGAGAAGGUCUCCAACAAGAAAUAUUAAUUUAAAUUAAGGGAAGUGGAAGCGAAGGGAAAAGGAACUAUUAAAACUUAUUAGUUUAUUAAAGGAGAUAAAAAAUAAUAAUAGGCAAUUCUAAAAGUUGCUGAUAAUAUUUCAAAAUCUCCUAAUCCUCACUUAUAAAAUUAAAUGAUCAAAAAAAUAUCUGAAAAUUUGAAGAGCAAAUAGCAAACCAUUUUAAAAAAAGUAUCAAUAAAUGAAGAAAAAUAAGAUAUCGCACCAGUAACAAUCUAAAAUACAAAUAUGAAUGUAAAUACCAAAUUAAUAUAACUUUCAUCUCCAUAAUCUAUACAACCAAUGAUUAGAGCUUAAUCAAGAUCAGUAUUUAAUUCUUCAUAUUAAAUGGCAUUACUUACUCCUAAUGAAUAGGAUUAAGAUAAUAAUAAUAACAAUAAUAUAAAUAACAAUAAUAAUAAUAACAAUAAUAAUAAUAAUAAUAAUAAUAAUAAUAAUAAUAAUAAUAAUAAUAACAACAACAAUAAUAACAAUAAUAUUAGCAAUAAUAAUAAUAAAUAGGAAGAAAAGGACAAAUUUAAUCUCAAUAAUAUAUAAGGUGAUGGAUUAAAAUCUAGCAUACCUCUAGGGGGAGCUGCAGCAGGUUAAUAUUCAAAAAGAAUCUCAAAUUUAGCUUUUGAAUUGAAUCCAAUAAAGUCAAGAAAAUCCGUUUACAGGAGAGCAGGUACCAAAACAAAUUUACCUGAAUAAGAUUAAAUUUUAGGAAUGGCUACAAGUGGUUAAAAAUUGGCUGAAAGCGUAAGGGUUGAUUUGCCUCCUGUGAAAAAAAAGAGAACUAGAAUAAUUGCUGAAAAACAAAUGGAUUUUAUAGAUAGAAUAGAAUCUUUAUCAGUUCACAAAACACCAAAAGAAUUGAAGCAGUAAUCUCAUAUGGAUGAAUUAGAGAUAAGAAAGCUAAUAGACAUUGAAGAAAGUAUUUAUUAAAAUGAAUAUGAUUUAAAAAAUAUGGAAGAAAAAGUUGAAAUAUAAGAAUAUGGUAUCUAAGAAUCUAACUAUAAAAGUGAUAGUCAUGAUUCAUAUUUCUCAAUUUAUGAUUAAUACAAAGAGUUUGACUUAAAAUAGGUAAAGAUUUUUAUCGUUUUUAUAAUAAUUUUAUUGAUAAUCAAGAAUUUAUUUUAUUACCUAUUAACUUCAAUAAGCGAAGAGUUAUAGGUGAUAUUUAUUUGCUAAUCAGUAAUUUGUUUAGUGUUAUCAAUAAUAAUUUACAAUGUAAAAAAGAUAUUUAUGUUGAAAGUGCUAAUAGGUCUAUAUUUUGUAAUUUUUUCAAUAAAUAAUAUUUUGAUUGUAGAUGUUCAUAAAUCUGAUAUGGAAUUAAUAUUUUAAAUAAGUCACAUAACAGCUGUUUAUUUAAAUUUAUUCUAUUUAUAGAUUUACAAUAGAAAGGAUCGAAUAAAAUUGUCAGUCUUGUACACAAUAUUGAUUCUAAUAAAUCUAGUAUUUAAUGAAUAUAUUCUGGAUAUAAUUCUCUUCUCAAUAUGCAUAUUAGUAUCAAGUUUCAUCAUUCAAGAAAAGGAAUUAAAAGUUCUUGCUGAAAAUUAUUAAUGCUUUUCGCAAUUUGAAUCAAAAAAUGCGAAACAAACGUAGAUCUUAUAAUAUUUAUUACCAUAGCACAUAAUAGGUAGGUUUUUUUCAACAGAUAUUACAACAACAGACAAUUUCACUGAUGUAUUUCAAAAUUGCACUAUUCUGUUUGCGGACAUUGCUGGCUUUACAAAGUACUCAAGUUCAGUAGAACCAGAAUAAGUAGUAAAUAUGCUUAGGAUAUUAUUCCAAUAAUUUGAUGAAGCUUGUUAAAAAUUUUAAGUGUACAAAUUAUACACAAUUGGUGAUUGUUAUGUUUGUAUGGGUAUCAUUGAUGCUAAUAACAGAGAUCCUGUUGGUGAAGUAAAUUUAUAAAUAAUUAUAUAGGCAAUAAAUAUGGUGUUGUUUGGAUUAAAAAUGAUACAGAUAAUCUAAUAGAUAAAUAAAGAUCCUCAGUUUUAACAUUUGAACAUGCGUAUUGGAGCGCAUACAGGAAGAGUAAUAGGAGGUGUUGUAGGAACAGACGUUGUUAGGUAUGAUAUUUAUGGAGAAGAUGUUACAACAGCCAAUAAAAUGGAAUCAAAAGGACAAGAAGGUAAAAUAAUGGUAAGUUAAGCUACAAAGGAUUUGAUAGAAAGCGAUGAAGAAUCUAUUGGCAUUUUCGAUUUUGAAUUUGCAUAAGAAGUCUUUUUGUCUUAAAAUAAUACUACAAUAUCUACUUAUUUUGUACACUUUGAUUAAAAUGGUGAUGAUUAAUGA